AUGCACGCGCUAUUCGGUGAACAGAACGCCUACUACAGGCAGACCAGUGCCACGGCUGGAUAUCCGGUGUCCGGCGCUGGUGUCCCGCAUGCGGCUGCAACAACGCCAUAUGGUUAUGAACAGUAUUCUCGUUAUGGAUAUGCAGGAACGUCACCUUAUGCGCUUAGUGCACAUCAUCAUCAUCAUCACCAUCAUCAACAACAAUCUUUACAUGCAGCUAAAGAAAUGGUUAAACCGCCGUAUUCAUAUAUUGCUUUGAUAGCUAUGGCAAUUCAGCACGCUUCAGAAAAACGGAUAACAUUAAACGGUAUUUAUCAAUUUAUAAUGGAACGAUUUCCUUAUUACCGAGAGAAUAAACAAGGCUGGCAAAAUUCGAUUAGGCAUAAUUUAAGUUUGAACGAAUGUUUCGUAAAAGUAGCUCGGGAUGAUAAGAAGCCUGGAAAAGGAAGUUAUUGGACGCUUGAUCCGGAUUCGUAUAAUAUGUUUGACAAUGGCUCUUAUUUGCGCCGAAGAAGACGGUUCAAGAAAAAAGAUGCUGUGAAAGAAAAAGAGGAAGCUUUGAAACGUCAACAGCAGUUACAGAUGGCGCACGACGCUGUUUCAGUAAAAAGGACAGCUUCUACAACAAUUAGACGAUGUGAAAGUCGAUGUUAA